CCGCACUGUAUUACAACUACUUACACUGUAAAAUUGCUGACACUAUAUUUACACACACGUCUUUUUAAAGUAUUAGUACACGUUUAAUAAUUCAAGAUUGGAUAAAAGAUUUUUGUUUAGCUAUACAAUGGCUGUUGAACAAAAACGAGUUGCUCUCGUGACUGGUUCUACAAGCGGAAUAGGACUGGCUAUAGCACGUCGCCUUGCUUCAUCCGGAUGUGACGUCAUUAUAACCGGACUUGCUGAUCAGGAUGUCAUUGACAGUAUACUUGAUGAGUUUAAAAAAAAUUACAAGUGCAGAUGUUCAUAUGUUGGUGGAGAUUUUACAAAAGAAGAUGAAAUAGCAAAUUUAUGUAAAGAAAUAACAACAAUUCAUCCUGAAGGAAUUGAUAUUCUAAUAAAUAAUGCAGGUUUCCAGUACGUAUGCAAGAUAGACGAGUAUCCUAUCGACAUGUGGAAUAAAAUGGUGGCUGUGCACUUAACAGCGUCCUUCUUGUUAAUAAGAUACUUUGUACCAUAUAUGAAAAAGAAAGGCUGGGGAAGAAUAAUCAACACUUCAUCACAGAUGGGUUUGAUAAGUACACCAGGAAAAACUCCUUACAGUGCCGUUAAGGCAGCUCUAAUAGGGCUUGCAAAGGGUACAGCUUUGGAAACAGCAGAAUAUGGAAUAACCUGCAAUGCUAUAUGUCCUGGUUAUGUUGAAACUGACCUUGUGAGAAAGCAAAUUCACGUCAUGGCCAAAAAUGAAUCCAAGACCUUUGAUCAGAAAAGGAAUGAAUUCUUUGGAAGUUGUCAUCCAUCGAAGAAGCCAGUCACUGUCGAACAGGUGUCCGGACUGGUAGCGUACCUCUGUAGCGAUGAAGCGGCAAGCACGACUGGGUCUGCUAUAAGCAUUGAUGCCGGUUAUACUGCACAGUAAUGCCGUAUUUAAUUACUUAGUUGAACUUUGUCGGUUUAGAAAGGUCUAUGCAGUUACGUGUAUUUACAUUUUGUCUCAGUGUUUACUAGAUGUUUGGUUUUUGUUACAUUCAUGUUGAUUUCGUAGCGAUGAUUAAACAAUGAGUAGCAGGUUGAAACUGUG